CACUAGCGCACAUUUCCACGCAGAGCAAAGAGAGAAAGAGACCGCUGAAAGCCGGCAGAUGAGAGGUCAGUCGAGGACGGGUUGUUGAAACAAAUAUACAUAGGCCUAUAUAAACACAAUAGAAGAAAACCGUUCGUAAGAGGCGAAGUCAAACAUGGAGCGAACGUUCGCCGACUUUUCUGGCUCUUGGAAAAUGAAAAGUUCAGAAAACUUCGAGGAGUUGUUGAAAGCGCUCGGCCUAAAUGUCUUUCUGAGGAAAAUUGCAGUUGCAGCCGCCUCCAAACCAGCUGUUGAAAUCACACAACAGGGAGAAAGCCUCUCCAUUCAGACGUCUACUAGCGUGCGGACCACUCAUGUGUCCUUCACAGUGGGCCAGUCCUUCAACGAGACCACAGUAGAUGGACGUCCAUGCACAAGUUUUCCGAAAUGGGAGACGGACAGUAAAAUAACAUGUGAGCAGACACUGCAGAAGGGGGAGGGCCCUGAGACAUCAUGGAUGCGUGAGCUGACCAAUGACGGACAGAUGAUACUGACUAUGAGAGCCGGUGGUGUUGUCUGCACCCGUGUGUAUGAACGAGACUAAAGGAUCUUUACGUCACAGUUUAUUCCACAGCAAUUUACAUAGUGUUAUAAUCUGCUAUAGUUUAUCAUCGUACAAAAGCCUGUUCAUUCCACUUUUAAGAGCUGCUUUUUUGCAUGUUUAACUGGGUCUGUGUGUGACAGAGAUGUAGAGAAAGAGUUUAAAGGAUAAGGGUGGUACCGUUCUGUGUCGAGUUCCAGUCUGUGUUUAUCUUACUAGCGAAUAUAUUAGAAAACUGUAUUUGUUAUUGUUUGUGCAUUUCCCCGCAGUUUCAUGUAUAUGCCACAAUGUGGUUUUUCAAUCAAAAAAUAUUACUUUAUACAUGUAAACCUUUUAAACCUUUAUACAUAUACACAAAUAGUCUUUUCUGUGAAAUACUUUGUAUUUUCUAAAAUGAAAAGUUAGGGCAGGACAUACCAAAGGGAUCAUCUCUUAAAAAAUGUGACAGUCAUGAAGCAUAAAUGUUUUUAUUCUAUUAACGUGUAUUACCCUUUGUGCACCAGUGAGUUAAUGACUUUGAAGCUAAAAGACAUGGACUAAAAGUCUUGAAACUCAUAUCAAGAAAAAUAAAAAAACUCAUGUGCAUACCUCUUUCCUCGUAAAACCUUCUUCUUUCUUUAUGAAACACUUUGAUACUGAACUCCCUUGCACUUUUCCACUCGUUUUCUGCUUCAUUCCCUCUAUUCAACUUUCUCUUUGUCUGUUCUCACUUCUCUCUCCCCAUCCAAACGCUCAGUUCUGAAUGGCCCUAUAUGAGUUUGUCAUGACUGCACCUCAGUUCUGAAAAAAAUCCUGGCAAGCGCUAAGGGGAAGAGGGAGAGGUAUGGAAAGAGUGAGCAAAUGCUAGAAAGAAAAAUAAUUUCAUAUUUCGAAGGAGUUAUAUUCCCUCUGCUUCCUAUCCCAUCUGAACUACUUAACGCAUGAGGUCAGAGAGAAAGUCUUGUGUAGCUUCUGUAGCCAGUGUAAUGAGGUUAAAUGUUCUAGGACAUAUUCAUCUGCAAG